AUGCCUAGCUGGGGCACCAAGAAGCCCCGCACUCUUCGUCAGAAACCGCCCGGUCCUCUCCCUCCCCCUCGCCCUACUCUUCCAAGUCCACCUUCUGUCCCUUCCCCUCCCCCUACUCUUCCAAGUCCACCUUCUGUCCCCCCCCCCCUCCCCCUCCCCCUCCUCUUCCAAGCCCACCUUAUAAUAGUCGGCGGCGACAACGACGACGCCGGGCCGAGCGCAGUGGCGACCUCGGAUCAGGGCAGGCAUACGGUGGAAGACGACGCCGGGUCGAACGCGGCGCUGCCCUCACUUCCGGGGAAUCGUCCUGAGCACAACGACGCGGUGGCGACCUCGGGUCAAGGGUGGCAUUCUGUGGACGACGACGUCGGGCCGAGCGCGGCGGCGACCUCGGUUCCGGGGAAUCGUUCGGAUCACGACGACGCGUUGGCAACCUCGGGACAGGGGACGCACAAUGUGGACGGCGACGCCGGGCCGAGCGGCGCGGCCUCCUUGCCUCGGGGGAAGCAGUUCAAGACCACGAAGCGGCGGCGGAAGGAGUGUAUGGAAGAACAGCGCGCCAUGAUGAAUUCGCUUAUGGAAGAGCAAGCAAAUCUUAGAAGAGAAACAGAAGCUUACAGAAGACGACUCGAGAUACAGAAAGCAAGCAACUCCGUGCUCCAAGAAAUGCCGGAAAAGGCGGCGGCUGCUGCUCCUGCUCAUCACAAUAACCUGGACCUGGAACUCCGCCUCCGUCAGCCAUCACCACCGGCGUUGGUCCGCCACCCGACGCUUGAUGGCGUCCGACCGCUGGGGGAGACGACCGCAGCAUGGCGGUCGGGAUGGGAGCUGCAAAUGCAAAUGCAAAGCGCGGACAGCAAGGUGGCUUCGUGGUUGGCGAGGAAGCGGAGAAUGGAGAUACUGAGGGAGAAGAAGAUGCACAAGCGUGCAAGGCGAUCCGACUGA